AUGACGUCUCCAUCAUCUUCAGUACCAUCGAUAACAACAACAGUGGUAUCAAUAGCGAAUAUCGAAACAAAUACCGAACAUAAGAACAAUAAUAAUAAACAAUAUUUAUGUUUAUUUCAUCUGAUUACUGCAGGAUUAUUAGAUGAUAAUAUAGGUUCUGAUGAACAGGAAAUUAUUGAAAUGAUUCAUCUUAUUAUUGAUGUCGAUGAGAAAAAGACUGUAGCAUUACAUCGUCAAUAUAUUCAUCCGUCAACUAUUGAUGUUCUAACUACUGAAUGUAAAGAAAUAAGUGGUAUUGAUGAAACACUUGUAUUUCCAUCUGAACUUGAUCUUGAUGGAGCAUUAAGAAAAUUUGAUGCAUUUUUACAUGAUCGUUGUUUACAUCCUGAUUCAGGAAUUAAUAUCACAUUUGUUUGUGUAAAUUGUCUUCAUCUACGUCAAUGUCUUCAUCCAGAAAGUGCGAAAAAAUCAAUAAUUUUACCUAAUUAUUACUGGAAAUAUUUUGAUUUAAGACUUGAAUUCGAAAAUAUGUAUAAAACUUCGGAAUGUAAUCAUAUAAAUACUAUGCUUGAAAAAUUAAAUAUAUGUCCUAUAGAUGAAACCGAUUAUUGUAUGCGAUAUAUUAAACAUAUGGAAUUAAUCGUUUAUCAAAUGUUAAAUGAUGGACAUCAUUUUGAAAAACCUGAAUAUAUUUCAGCUAAUUUACAACAAGGCAUAUGUUCAUUAGAAGAUAAUAUUGAAGAAAGUACAGUUGUUCGAGCUCGUGGAUUACCAUGGCAAUGUACUGAUCAAGAUGUUGCAAAAUUUUUCCGAGGUCUUGAUAUUGAAAAAGGUGGUGUUGCUUUAUGUCUUAGUACUCAAGGUCGACGUAAUGGUGAAGCAUUAGUUCGGUUUUCAAAAGUUGCACAUCGAGAAUUAGCUUUACGUCGACAUAAACAUCAUAUUGGCCAACGUUAUAUUGAAGUAUAUAAAGCAUCUGGACGUGAUUUUCUCAAUGUUGCUGGAGGAUCAAAUUCAGAAGCCCAAGCAUUUUUACAACGCGAUGGUCAAGUGAUUAUUCGUAUGCGUGGUUUACCAUUCGAUGCUACUGCUAAAGAUGUGGUUGAAUUCUUUACUCGUGGUGAUCUACCAACUGCUACAGUUGAUGGUGAAGAAGGUGUUCUAUUUGUUCAUUAUCCUGAUGGACGAAGUACUGGUGAUGCUUUUGUUAUGGUUAAAACAGAAAAUGAAGCAUCACAAGCUUUACUUAAACAUAAAGAAACGAUGGGUGCAAGAUAUAUCGAACUUUUUCGUAGUACAACAGCAGAAGUACAACAAGUAUUUCGACGAAGUCAAGAUCCGAAAAAUUUUCAAACAUCAUUAAAAGAUAUUCCAUUUGCACCAUUACCUAUUCUACCACCUGAAAUGUUAACAGGUGGAAAUAAAAAAGAUUGUAUCCGAGUUAGAAAUUUACCAAUUGAAUGUGGUAUUGAACAAAUUCUCGAAUUUCUUGGUAUUCAUUCUCAACAUAUUGUUGCACAAGGUGUUCAUAUGGUUUAUAAUGCACAUGGUCAACCAUCGGGUGAAGCAUUUAUUCAAAUGAAUUCUGAAGGUGCUUCAUUUAAUGCAGCAACACAUAAAAAUAAUAAAUAUAUGUUUUUUAAUGGUAAAAAACGAUAUAUUGAAGUAAUUCAAUGUUCAGGUGAAGAUAUGAAUCAUAUUUUACUUGGUCUUGUACCAUCGAAUUUAAUUCCAACUAAUAUUCAACGACAGACAAUGUAUUCUUCUCAUCGAGCUCCACCAGGUCUACCAAUGUCAACAUUACAACCACAAAUGCUUCCACCAUCAAUGCCUAUGUCCUUAGGUGCACCAUCUCAAUCAUCAACGAUAUCAAUUUCAUCAGGACAACCAACAUUAUCAUCGAAUGGAUAUCAUCCAAAUACAACUUAUUAUCCUAUGCAAGUUUUUUAUUAUCCAACACCACCCUUAACUUCAUCUGUUUAUUUGCAAACUGGACAAAUGCAUCCAGCACCGAUGACACUUGUUUUACGUGGAGAAACUGGUCAAUAUUAA